UAUGGGAAUUUUCAUAUGCUAAUUUAACCUCAACUUACUUAAUUAUAUAGAUGGAGAAUCAUCUUCUGUAAAUUAUAUAAGAAUUAUUGACACUUAUAACAUAAUUACUCCUUCUUUUCCGAAUACCCAAUUCAUUUGUUUUAUACCAUCUUAUGUCAUUAUUUUCUUAGGUAAAAUCACUAUUUAUGCAAACCUAAUAAAUAACUAAUGCUGCUACUACUAUUAACUUGAAAUUACUUUUUGA